UGGUCAAGAACUGUACGGUAUGGAGGGAGAACGGAUUUUACUCUCGCUCUGCUCCUGGCAAGCAAGGCACACACGGUUUUGUUGCAGUGCUGAAUACUCUCGUAGCAGUUGUGUCUUCAAAUACUCUUAGGCUUUGUCCAAUUUGUGGGUGUGUCAGAGCACAAUAGCCUGCCAACAUGUAUGCUUAUGAGGCAGUUAAUAAAGUAAUGACGUCUGUGGAAGAGUUCCAAGAAGCAUUUCAACUCUUUGACAGCCGUGGGGAUGGCAAGAUCAAUGUUGGUCAGAUAGGAGAUGUCUUACGGGCUCUUGGUCAGAAUCCCACAGAGUCUGAUGUGAAAAAAUUUACUCACCAGCACAAACCUGAUGAGCGAAUCUGCUUUGAAGUUUUCCUUCCAAUUUAUCAGGCUAUUUCGAAGAGCCGCACAUCAGACACAGCUGAUGACUUCAUUGAAGGUUUGAGGCACUUUGACAAGGAUGGCAGUGGAUUUAUCUCAUCUGCUGAACUUCGUCAUUUGUUGUCAACUCUUGGUGAGAAACUCACUGAUGAUGAAGUUGAACAACUCCUAGCUGGUCAAGAGGACUCUCAAGGAAAUAUUAAUUAUGAAGAGUUUGUGCGUAUGGUCAUGUGUGGGUAAAGAUCUAAUGUUUCAGAUAACCUAUCUAUGCUGAAUUCUAAUUUGGGUAAAGAAAUAAAGUAUACUGUUAUAUAUUUCAUAAGUAAGUGAAGGUUUUAAUAACCUCCAGAAAUUAUAAAUUCCCUGGGUUUUCUUGUACUUAUUGCAUUUGAUGUUUGAAAAAUAUGGUCUACAGUUACCACAUUUGGAAGUAUUAUAUAUAUUUUUAUUCCGUGUUUGUGAUGUUUUCAAGUGGCAUUGAAUGAAUGAUCCAGUUCAGUAUGCAUUUUAAUAUUUUGUAAUUUUGUCAAGUGUUUUGUGCAAUGUAGAAUGGUUCAGUAUCCAUUUAAACAAACAAAAUCUAUGCUACGGUUUGGAUUGAUCUAAUCAUUUUUAUAGUAUGGUUGCAUUUUGUAGGUAAUUUGCUUGUAGGCUUGUUGUGGGUAACCCCUUCCAUUCAAUUAGUGUAUAUUUUUUUAUUAACUUACAUUACCUUGGGUUUCCAUUCCAUUCUAAUAUUAUAUCUCCUAUUGAGCUCCAUUUAUUAUCAUUUGCUGAUUAAAGUUUGUAUACAAUUUGAUUUUAA